AUGGAGCUGCAGAUGAAUAUGAAGAUGAAACCAUUUGCCUUUAUCGUUCUGGCUGCCUGCAGUCUGGCCCUCGUUCAGGCCCGUCCGGAUGUGAGUCAUCUGCUGAAAUCGAACCGGAACUACCUUCCACCACUGCCGCAGAAGGAGGUCUCGGCUAGCCAGAGCUACCAGCAGAUCGCCCAGCCCCAGCCCCAGCCCCAGUACCAGAAUCAGGUCCAGUCCCAAUCAUUCCCCCAGGUGGAGUCCAUUCAGGCAUCCAUCCCAUUGGCCAGCUUCUCCAUCCAGUCUGGCGGACAAUACCAGUCUACCGCUCCAGCUCCAGCUCCAGUUCAAGUCUCGAUCGCAGCCCCUGCUCCAGCUCAGAUCUCGAUUCCCGCUCCGGCUCCCGUUCAAGUGCAGGCCUCUGCCCCAGCUCCCCAAGUGAUCUAUGAGGCACCCAAGCCGAUUGCUGCCACCCAAACCACGGUGCACAACGCCUAUCUGCCCCCAGCGGCACCUGUCCAGCAGUUCGUGCCCGCUCCCGAGCCAGUUGUGCAAACGACGGUGCAGCAAACCGCUGCACCCGCUCCGGUGGUUCAACAGACUUACUCCGCUCCAGUGAUUCAACAGACCUACACUGCUCCUGCCCCAGUGGUUCAGGAACAGACGUACAGCGCACCAGCCCCCGUGGUUCAACAAACCUACUCGGCUCCCGCACCUGUGGUUCAAGAACAGACCUCUUCAUAUCCCGCUCCCGCUCCUAUUGUGCAACAGACUUAUACUGCCCCAGCUCCAGUUGUCCAACAGACCUAUACAGCUCCUGCCCCGGUGGUUCAGGAACAGACGUACUCCGCUCCAGCACCAGUUGUACAACAGACCUACUCUGCUCCUGCUCCUGUGGUCCAGGAACAGACGUACAGCGCACCAGCUCCAGUGGUCCAACAAACCUACUCAGCUCCCGCUCCGGUGAUCCAGGAACAAACAUACGAAUCUCCAGCCCCAGUAGCUCAGCAGACCUUCUCGGCUCCCGCGCCAGUGGUUCAAGAACAGACCUAUUCAUAUCCCGCUCCUGCUCCUGUGGUUCAACAGACAUACUCGGCCCCUGCUCCCGUUGUCCAACAGACCUACUCUGCUCCUGCUCCUGCGAUCCAGGAACAGACCUAUUCUGCUCCCGCUCCGGUGGUGCAGCAGACCUACUCUGCUCCCGCUCCGGUGGUGCAGCAGACCUACUCUGCCCCGGCUCCAGUGGUCCAGGAACAAACAUACGAGGCUCCAGCCCCAGUAGUUCAGCAGACCUACUCUGCUCCUGCUCCUGUGGUCCAAGAACAGACGUACAGCGCACCCGCUCCCGUGGUCCAACAGACAUACACUGCUCCCGCUCCUGUGGUGCAGCAGACCUACUCUGCUCCUGCACCUGUGGUGCAACAGACCUACUCUGCUCCUGCUCCUGUGGUCCAGGAACAACAGUACACUGCUCCUGCUCCUGCUCCCGUUGUUCAGCAAACUUAUACUGCUCCGAUCUCGAUUCCUGAACCAGUUCAGCAGACCGUUAGCAUCAGUGCUCCAGCCCAGCCUCAGCAGCAAUACAGUGGCUACAGCUACCAGGCUCCAAUCCAGCAGAAAACCACCACUUACGCGGCUCCAGCUCCUUAUACGCCACAGGUGCCGACAUACAACAGCUACACUCCAUCCGCACCAUCACCCAUCGUCCAACAGACGGCAAAUGUAGUGACGACCUCCACGGCCACGAAUGAGAUCGGCACCGACUACGCUGCCAAUGGCGGCUACGUCUACGAGAAGCAUUGA